CUGUUUUCUGUCUCUGUGCAUUUCCCAUUCUGGACAUUUUGUGGGAAUGGGAUCUCACGCUGUGUGGACUGUUGUGUGUGUCUGGCUUCUUUCACUCAGCAUGAUGUUUUCAGAGUUCAUCUACUUUGUUACAUGAAUCAGCUCUUCGCCAUGGAUAUUUUGGGUCUUUGUUGACAGUUAGGAGGGAGUCAGAAACUGAGACCCCCAGAGGCGGAGAGACAGACACACAGAGAUGACUGAGUUGAAACCAAAGGAAGCAAAGAGGUUCUUCAGGAGCUGGGACCCAGGGUGCCUUGGGGCUGGAGUUUGGCAAAUGGGCAGGUGGGCAUUUCGGGAGGCCUAGUGUGUGAGUACUUCAUAACGAUUUGUUGGGAGAGUGAGCUCAGAGGUCCAGGGACACUGGGCUUCCAUCAACUCCUGAGACUCUGAAGUCUACGGAGGCAAGAGAAGGCCGGACACCUGACCAGAGGCACAGAGCCACGGGCCACCCACAGUGCUGGCACCUGGGUCUCUCCAACCUGGGCCUGGGGCCAGCAGAGCAGACCACUGGGUCCUGGGCCCUGGGGCCUGCGUGCUCCGAGGGUGGGUUUGUGGCUGGGAUGGGGCCACUGCCGCUGAGCUGGCUUCCUGAGUUUCUCUUUCACUUUGACUUGCCCUGGGAGGGGCCGUGACACCUUACCUUUUUUUUUAAGUCUUCUCUUUAGUUCUCUUUCUUGCUCAGCUUCAGCGUGCUCCGGGGCAACGAUGCAGUAGCUGGGGCCUUGCCAGCGGUGCAGAAGCUCACCUGGGGCUGGAGGCCUCUGUGUGGACCCAAUGGGGCAGCCGGUGGCCACACUAGUCCCCUUCCUCUUCCUUCUGCUCCCUGCGCAGGGUGCUGAAGCCUGCAGUACCAGCAGGUGCUGUUUUCAGGACCCGCCCUAUCCGGACGCAGACUCAGGCUCUGCUUCAGGCCCCAGGGACCUGACCUGCUACCGGGUGUUCAGCGCUGGUUACGAAUGCUCCUGGCAGUAUGAGGGUCCUGCAGCCGGGGUCAGUCACUUCCUGAGGUGCUGCCUCAGGCCUGGGCGCUGCUGCUACUUCGCCGCAGGAUCAGCCACCAAGCUGCAGUUCUCCGACCAGGAUGGGGUAUCCGUGCUCUAUGCAGUCACGCUCUGGGUGGAAUCCCGGGCCGCGAACCGGACAGAGAAGUCGCCUGAGGUCACCCUGAAGCUUUAUAGCUUGGUUAAAUAUGACCCUCCGCCGGAAGACAUCAAGGUGUCCACGUCAGCAGGGCAGCUGCGCAUGGAGUGGGAGACCCCAGCCCGCCAGGAUGGGGCUGAAGUGCAGUUCCGGCACCGGACACCUGGCAGCCCUUGGAAGUUGGGUGACUGCGGACAUCAGGCUGAUGCUGGCUUCGAGUCAUGCCUCUGUCCCCUGGAGAUGGAUGCAGCCCAGGAAUUUCAGCUACGGAGGCGGCAGCUCUCGGCGGCAGCUCCGGGAGGUCCCUGGAGUGGCUGGAGCAGCUCUGUGUGCAUCCCCCCUGAAACUACCCCACAGCCUGACGUGAAUUUCUCGGUGGAGCCCCUUGGCCUGGAUGGGAGAAGGCGGGUGGCCCUGCAUUGGCAGCUGCCCCAGUUGGAGGCUCCGGAAGGCUGCCUCAGGCCCAGCUCUGGCAUGGAGGUGACCUACUACAUCCACCUGCACAUGCUGUCCUGUCUGUGCAAGGGCAAGGCCACGGGGAUGCGGCAUCUGAGGAAAGUGCUUAUGCUCUCGGGCGCCGCCUACAACCUGACUGUGGUCUCCUGGAAUCGCUUCGGCCCCGGCUCAAACCAGACGUGGCACAUUCCUGCCCACACCAGCACAGAACCAGGAGCUCUGAGCGUCAGGACUGGAGUUGCUGGGACCACUAUGCAGUGGCCAGCCCGGGCCCAGGGCCUGACAUACUGCAUUGAAUGGCAACCUCGGGUCUGGGAUGGAAGCCUCGCUGCCUGCACCCUGAUCGCACCCCGGGACUGGAACCCUGCUGGCAUGGCAUCCCAUACCUGGAGCCAAGCAGCUGGGGCGAUGGGGCAGAAGACGUGUUAUCACGUCAUGAUCUUCGCCUCUGCACAUCCGGAGAAGCCCACCUCGUGGUCCACAGUCUUGUCUGCCUACCACUUUGGGGGCAAUGCCUCAGGGGCCGGGAGCCCACAGCACGUGUCGGUGAGGAAACUCAGCCGGGACUCAGUGUCCGUGGCCUGGACGCCGUCCCCACUGAGCCUCUGCCCUGGCGCCCUGAAGGAGUACGUCCUGCGCUGCCAGAAUGAGGACAGCAACCAGGUGUCAGAGCUGUCUGUGAAGCCCACAGAGACCCAGGUCACCCUCAGCAGCCUGCAGGCUGGUGCAUCCUAUACUGUACAGGUGCGCGCAGACACGGUGACGCAGUGGGGCGCCUGGAGUCAGCCCCAGCACUUUAGCAUCGAAGUCCAGGUCUCUGAGUUGUCGGAUUUGUCCAUAUUCCUAGUGUGUCUGGGGAGCUUUGUGAGCAUCCUUCUCCUGGGCAUCUGUGGGUACUUCAGCCUGAACAGGGCCGCACGGCACCUGUGGCCGCCCCUGCCCACACCCUGUGCCAGCAGCGCGGUCGACCUCCCUGGCAGCCAGGGGAAGCAGGUGUGGCGGUGGACCAGCCCAGUGGACUUCCCGGAGGAGGUAACACCAGAAGAUAUCCUGGUGGUGAACAUGUCCUGGGACAAAAGUGAGAGGGCUGACCUGGACACUCCUGGGCCUCUCACAGAGAAGACACAGCUGCCUCAGGGCACCCCUCAGCCAGCCCUGGACACGGAGCUGCCCUUGGAGGAUAUGACACAGAUGCAUGGACACCCCACGGCCAGGGCUCUGGAGCCUGGUGGGCAGGAUGGUCUGGAGGGCAGCCCUGUGCAGGUGGCUGGACUCCCACUGCUGCUCGGAGAUCUAAUGCAGAGCCCCAGGUUUAGUGGCCCCCAGCACCUGGAGGCCUGAGGGAGAAACAGGAACGUCUGCCUGGUCUUUUGGAUGGGAAGACUGAUGAAAGCUGGUUAUUGUGUGCUUAUUGUAUACCCGGCCUGUUCCAUCCACUCACAUGAUGCCCUGAACCCCCAUAACCCCCUGGAGAGGU